GCUAAUAUUAAAAGAAUUAUAUCCGAUAAUUGAAAGGAGUUCCUGAAUCAUAUCAUUACUCCUUGUGAAAAAGAAGAAAAAAAAAGACUCAACCAAAAAUGAACUUUGACCCUUGAAUCAUUAGAGGGGAAGUUGUACUUACAAAUUCCAAAUAUGACACAUAAAAAACUCAACCAAAAAUGAACUUUGACCCUUCAAUCUUCCAUUCCACCAUCUUCUUCCCAAACACACACAGAGCGUAAAUGGUUCAUGCUUACACUCUCUGUUCUUCCCCUUCUUCCACCUUCUCUCAUUUCACAACUUGCAUUUCAUCCCCUAAUUCUUUCGCCAACCCCAAAUUCCCCAACGUCAAUCACAAAUCCCGCAAAUUCAAAAUCUUUUUCUCUUUCCAACCACCCAAUUCUAUUGAAGAUGCAAAUUCCUCAACUUUAUCCAAAUCUAAAAUCUGGGUCAAUCCCAAAAUCCUCAGUUCCAGACGAGUUUGGAGGAAAACCCAACACGCCAUCUCAUCUCUCGCCAAAUUGGACAAAUCUUUUGACCCAUCUGAUCCUAUUGAGCAGCAAGUUUCUGAAAUUCUCAAGGGUUUGGGAAACAAUGUUGCAGAACAUGAUGCAGAGCAUGUUCUCCAUAACAUAGCAAACCCUGAAAUUGCGAUUCUUGCUCUUGAAUACUUCAAGAAGAAGCUUGAACCGGAGAGACAUGUUGUUCUUUACAAUGUGUUGCUUAAGCUUUUUAGGGAAAUUAAGGAUUUUAAGAAAGCAGAGAAGGUGUUUGAGGAAAUGCUCCAGAGAGGAGUCACGCCUAAUGUUGUUACGUUUUCGACUUUGAUUAUAUGUGCUUCUGUUUGUUCUUUGCCGCAUAAAUCUGUGGAGUUGUUUGAGCAGAUGCCUUCUUUCGGGUGUGAACCAGAUCACAAUGUGUCGUCGUCUAUGAUUUAUGCUUAUGCUCAUAUAGGUAAUGUUGAUAUGGCUUUGAAAUUAUAUGAUGAUGCGAAAAAUAAGAAAUGGCCUGUUAGGGCAGUGGCUUUCUCUGCUUUGAUUAAGAUGUAUGGUGUGUUGGGAAACUAUGAUGAGUGUUUGAAUGUUUAUAAUGAUAUGACGGCUCUUGGUGUUAGGCCGAACAUGAAAGUGUAUAAUAAUUUGUUGUUUGCAAUGGGGAGAGCUAAGAGGGCAAGGGAAGCCAAGGGUGUAUACCAACAGAUGAAAGAGAAUGGAUUUUUGCCAAAUUGGUUUACCUAUGCUGCUCUCUUGGAAGCUUAUUCUCGAGGACGGUAUAGUAAAGAUGCGUUGAGUGUGUAUAAGGAAAUGAAGGAAAAGGGGAUGAAUAUGAAAAAAUCUCUUUACAGCAUGCUUCUUGACAUGUGUGCUACACUUGGCUGUGUAGAUGAAGCCGUAGGAAUAUUUGAAGAUAUGAAGCGUUCCGAGACUUGUGAGCCAGACCUUGUUGAAUACUCAUCCUUGAUUAGGAUGUAUUCACGCAUUGGGAAAGUUUUGGAGGCGGAAGCCAUGUUGAAUGAAAUGAUGAUAAAUGGAUUGGAGCCUAAUAUUUUGAUUGUCACAAGUUUUGUUCAAUGCUACGGAAAGGCCAAACGAACCAAUGAUAUUGUGAAUAUAUUUAAUCAAAUCUGGGAAACUGGCAUCACUCCUGACGACCGUUUGUGGGGUUGUCUUUUGAAUGCGAUGACUGAACUACCAAAAGAAGACCUCGGUAAGAUAACAAAUUGCAUUCAGAAAGCUAACCCAAAGCUUGGUUAUAUUGUGACAUAUUUGACAGAAGAGGGCGAGGAUGAUAGAUAUUUUAUAAGGGAAACAUCAGAACUUUUAGUUUCAGCUGAUGAUGAUGAUGAUGUACAGAAGUCUAUGUGCAACAGUCUACUUGAUCUUUGUGUAAACCUUGGUGUGCAAGACAGAGCUCGCGACCUUCUUGACUUGGGAUUGACGCUUAAGAUAUAUAGCGAUAUACAAUCGAGAUCUGAAACUCUGUGGUAUUUGAACCUAAAAAAAUUCUCAGUUGGAGCUGCUAUGACAGCAUUUCAUGUUUGGAUAGACGACUUGUCUAAGGCUUUUGAAUCGGGCGAGGAGCUUCCACAAAUACUUGGAAUUUGUACUGUCCCUCGGAGACAUAGGCAAUGGGAGAAAGACAUGGCUAUUAUAUUUGAAUCAUAUCUGAAGGAACUUAGUGCCCCUUUCCACAAGGAUACUAAAAUGGAUGGCUGGUUUUUUACUACAAGCCAAGAUGCCAAGUCAUGGCUGCAGUCUAGAGGGAGGUUCAACUUAAACCGUUGCUGAUUUGAACAACACUGUUUUAGUUAUUCCAACAGAGGAUCUUUCCGGUUGAUAGAGUUGUUAUAGGCAAAUAAGUGUUGUAAAGGGAGAUCAGGAAGUGGCCAGAAGGUGCUACCAAGACAAUCUCUGAAUAAAAAAGGUGGCGAUGAUCACUUGCCCAACACUGAAGUCUAAUCCUCACGACGUGAAUUUUGUGGAUUUGAGCCUGAUAGCGGAGUAUUUAGAAGUAGGGCCGGCCCUGAGCCAGGGCAAGCAGGCCCACAGCCCAGGGUCUCAAAAACUUUGGGGCCUCAAAUUAUUGAUGGGCUGUUUUAAAAAUAUAAAACAUGUUAAGGUGAUAUAUUUGUUGUUCAGAGUAUUGACCGUUUGUUUAAUGUGGCCGUGUGGAAAGGAAACUGCUGAUGUACCUGGAAGCGGGGAGUUCAGAUCCUGCUACCACCUUUAUCCAAUUAAUUGUCGAUUUUUUUGAAAAAAGCAGCCACAUCAAAUUAUCAUUUCAUUCAAAAAAUUAUUGAAAUAAAUGUGUUCUAUCUUAUCCAUAAUUCCACACCUCUUAACAU